AUGUAUUUUGAAUGUAAUAAUCCCGUCGGUUCCGGCAAUGUGCAGGGCGCUGUGGUUUCAACCGCUUUGGCUACAAAAUACAAAUACCUUGCUCUGCUUUCGCAACCCUUGAGCCCGUGCAUCAAAGUCGAGGUGACCGGGGCUAAUGAACGUGGCUUGAGGAAAGCUUGCAAAGUCAAGGACGAAUCCGCGCAGUGGGAGUUGACGGUUAUCAUCAUGAGUUUUCAAGACUAUCAACUAGUAGAACUUGAAAAUGGAGAGAGGGAUUUUUGCUAUGGUUGUUUCGAUGGUCUCCGUGAAGUCAGGAAUUCUAAAGGUUUUGAGGAGCCUGUGAAAUACAGCGUGGAUGAAAUACAGUCUAGGCAUUUGAACAAAAGUCCUAUUGCAGUGUUCAAGCUAUCAAACAAAAACGUGAAUCCUGUAGUAUAUCCUGUUGAUUCUACUGGAGUAUAUUGUGUCUAUACCUAUCUGAGUUCGUCGGAGAAGGAUUUGGAUCUGGCGCUCAAGAUUGACUUCCAACAGUGUUACGGGAAAUUGAAUAAGUGGGAUCACUGGGAUAUGUAUCAAAAUGCCGCAAUUUCCCUGAUAUACCUGUUAAGUUUCAUCUUGUAUUUUUAUUGCAUUUCCUCGUCGCUUCAAAAGGUGUAUGAUGUCACUGAGAUGAAACUACAACAAAGAAAUAUUUCCCUUCAACAUCGCAUUUUGGUUUAUAUGCUUGGACAAUUUUCAGUGUACUUUUGGAGAACUAGACAUUUGUAUAUGUUGAACAAAAUCGGACCUGAAAAUACCAGCAUUAGCGAGGCUCUGGCAUACUAUGCUUACGAAGUUUCAAACAGUGGAUGUCUAACUUGGGGCCUGUAUAACUUGCUUCUAUUUUCAUCUGGAAACCUCUUCUUUUCAAAUCUGGAAGAUUCAAAAUAUCUUUUGUUCAUCAGGCUGUUGUCAUUGGUUACUUUUAUUUCAUUUCUUCGGGCAAUGCUUGAAAACAGACAACUCUAUGAGUGCCCAUACUGGUACGAAGAUAUGUCUGGGAGAAUGUUCGGGGUGUUACGCGUUGAGUGUCUAGUCAGUGUCAUUUGUGUUGCUUACUGGUCCAUGAAAACUUAUUCUCGCCUAUGUGCAGAGGGUAGCUCUGGUGUCCCGAACAGGUUCCUGGCAACCAUCAUCCUGGCUCUCGUACCUGCGUACUCCCGUGCUUUUGAGUGCGAGAUUAUCCCAGAUUACUUCGAGAUAUGGGCCAAUAACUGCGAUGCUUUUAACAGCUUCUUCGAUUACAGUUACGUCCUUGAAUUUAUCACCGUUGUUUUGAUAGCAUACCUAUGGGCAUCUGCCUAA